AUGGCUGACAGCACCGCGGCCACGGGCUCCUGGUGGAAAGCGCUGACCAGCAGCAGGAAAAAAGCCAAGGAGGGGCCGGUGGCCGGAGCGCCGCCGCCCCCGGCUGAGCCCGCCCUGCCGCCGGCGCCCCCCGGCCAGGACUCUCGGGAGAACCAGCAGCCCAACUUCAGCAGCAGCGAGCCCAAGUUCGGCGAGAAGCCCGGCGGCGGCAGCAGCAGCAGCCGCAGGAACCUGAAGAUCUCCCGCUCCGGCCGCUUCAAGGAGAAGCGCAAGGUGCGAGCCCCUCUGCUGGCCGAGAGCCCCAAGCUGUUCGAGGGCAGCGCGCCCAGCCACGCCAGCGAGGAGAGGCAAUAG